CAUUCUCUUAUUCGAAACGUGCGCGUCGAGCCUACAACGGCAAUUUGUAAAAAAAAAAAAGAUAUUAAAAACGUUUUAAAAAUUAUCGAAGAAGUAUUUCAAUUUGUUAUUGUGUUUUCAGCAGUAAGAGAGAAAAAUUCUAUAUAUAAGACACAGAGAUAUACACUCACAUAAAGGAUAACACUCAAAUUUAAGUGUAAGUUCGAACAAGACAAGAAAAUUUGUUGAAAGAAAACUUAAUUUUUUCUUAAUUCAAAAGAGUGUUGAUUGUGGUCAGGAAUUUUCCAUAAAUAUUUAUUCCAAAGCAAAGAAUAUAUUUUUAAUGCCAUAAUCAGCUGUUUAAUUAAUGAAUAUUGACCUUAACACACCGUACGCCAUACAUUUCAUGUAUGUAUGGUAUGCAUGUACAUACAAAGAUUCAAAAUAAAUAAGCUUACUUUUCAAUUACGUUUUAAAGCAACGGUUUAGCCGAGAGAUAAGACCAAUGAGUGGCUCAAAUGCAUAUAUAAUAUUAUGUUUUCGUUUGUACUCUCAACUUAAAACUGUUGAUACCGUUAUAAGUGAUUUAAGUGUAGGCGUAAGAGUAUAACAAUCAGUAAUCUAUGACCUCUGCUUACAGCAAUGAAAAAAGUCCACAAGUUAUAUAGUCACCAUUGUAUUUGUAAGUGAUAAUAGCAGAAAUUCAACAAAAAUUUAUAGAUUUAUUUAUUUGGUUCUCGAUAUGUGUUUUAUGUACUGCAUGCCAAAUCAGCACGUCUGCACUACACCUUAAAUACUUGAUAAUUCGAAUAUGCUCACAUUAUAACCGCUACAAAUAUGAGUAUGAGUAUACCGAUACUCGCUCCCAAAAAAGGAAAACAAGUCACAGGAAAAGCUUUCUUAAGAGUAUAAUCUCUCACUAACGCUUUGGUGUCACAAAUAAUGGGUUAACUGCGAUUUUGAUAACGUGUGGAAAAAAUUAAUCAAUUAUAGGAGUUUUUAGUAAAGAAAUACGGAUGCAUUGCUAAAUUUAAAACCACCUGUGGAAUAGAAAAUACAUUAUUUUUUGUAUGAGGAAUGUGUACUUCUCAUAAUAUGUUAUUCGAAAUAGAAUAGUUCAGUUUAUCUAACUCUUAUUUGUAACAGUAAGAACCGUGUAAGGUAACCGUAAGGUUGGAGAUUCUUAACUAAAAUUUAAUGAUUUUUACCAGAUUUUUCGAAUUAGUUGUCAUGAAGAUUACAAAUUUUGACAGCUAGUUUCAAGAAAAUAACGAAAAUUAUUUUUUUCUUAAAAUCAAAAAUUCGAAUUUUUUCACAAGAAUGUGUGGAGCUUUGAUCGUUUUUUGGUAGAUUAAAAAAAGUACUGAGAAAACAUUGAAAUUGUGUCUACUCAACUCUCCAUAUAUUUAAUAAACUAUUUUAUUUGAGAUGAUAUUUGAAGGAAAGACGUUUUUAUUUCACUAAAAGAUUUUAUAAAAUGUGAAAUAUCAAGCACAAAAAAUAUCUACAUCUUUCUCUAGAUAAAAUUUCAAAAACAUUAGUAAGGAAUUGAACGAAUUAGAUCUCUGACCGUGCCAAAAAAAAACUGUUUUGAGAAAUUUGCUCCGGUCGGAGUUUUACAAAUGGUUUGAUAUUUCCAAUUGAUCAAUAAUGGUUCAUCUUAGCUAAAAUGGCUUUUGCGCGAAAAAAAAUUUGUUUUUGAAGAUACUUUGGUGGCAACACCUUAAUUAAUUUAUAAUAUUAAUUCAACUGCGUAUAAUAUAAAUAUUUUUGUUUAUUUUUUAUUUUACUUAAUUUGUUUAAGCUAAGCAUGACGUACUUUAGUAUGUGAUGUGAGAAAGUUCAUAACAUAUUUUCUUCAUAAUAACUAUUCUCACUAAUCUUAUUGCACAUAAAUAAAUAAAUAUUUUUAUUUUCGUAAAAUUACUACAAAUUUCUCUUAAUUAAACUAACAUACAAACAUAUUCGGAUAAGAAAUAAAUAUUAUUGUUUUUAACUUGUAUUAUUAUCGCUUAGAUCUCAAACUUUUUCUCAAAUUUUAUGUAACAUUUCCAAAGUAAUGCGAGAUUUUUUGCGGAAUAUCGGUUUUUAUAAAAUUGCAUUUGCCAUUUUUUCAGGAAAAAAGUAAACAAACACAAAAUAUGGUAUAUUUUCAAUAAGUAAUAUUUAUAUAUGCGGAUAAUAUAUGUAUGUCUGUAUAUUAUACCACAUCUUGAAUUGAUGUACAUAUGUACAUAUUUAAUUAUAUAAUUUAUUUUAUUUACAAAAAUUGUAGCUAAGGUAUAUAUUUGCUACAAUUAGAUUAAAGGAUGCUAUCUCGACCUUCAAUUUCAGCUCAGCGAAGAAUUUUACUUCUUAAAUCAUUCAUAUUCUCUUUUUCGAAACGUGCGCGUCGAGCUUAAAUCAACUUAAAAAAAUUAAAAACUAAAACAAAUUAUCGAAAAAUAUUUUCAAUUUAAUAUCGAAGUUUUAAGCAAAAAACUGUAUGUAUAAAAAAAUUGUUUACAACAAAAAUAACGGAUACACACAAAAGGAAAGCACUUAAACUCAAGUGUAAGUUUAAAGCACGUUACAAGGAUAUUUUUUGAAAGAAAAAUUAUAUUUUUAGAGAAUUUUUUUUCUAUUUAAAAAAGUGUUAAUUGUAGCCAGGAAUUUUCCAUUAACACCUAUUUAUCUUUAACACAUAGAAAAAAUCAAAUUUUAAAGCCGUAAUCAGCCGAUUAAUUAAUGAUUAUUGACCUUAAAGUAUUGAGUGUUCACACUUAUGUAUAUAUGUACAUACGAAAUAAAUAACCCUACAUUUCAAUUACGUUUUAAAAAUAUCGAUUUAGCCUAGAGAUAAGACAAAUGAGUGUGUGUGUGAGAUAGGUAUGUAUGUACUUAUGUAACCUCAUGUUGUUGUUGCAUAAUUUAAAAUAUACACUAAAUAGUUUUGGAAAAUGCGGCACAAGCCAUAAUGCUCGACCUUUUACAAAUUCGGCACUUCUGAUUACGUAGAGCCAAGGAUUGUGUGGUGUGAACUUAGCUUAAAAUUAACACCGUUAUAAAUUAUUUAAAUGCAGGAAUUCGCUUUACUAUUGCCAAUCUAUAACCGCUGCUUACAGAAAAUAGUAGAUCACACUCAUAUAAUAACACAAUCAAAGGUGUAUUUACAUGCAUAUACUUAUAUAAGCGAUAAGAAAUUUAUGUAGCUUUGAUAAGAACGAAUACGUUUUUACAGCGCCAAAAUUAAAAAUAUGCUCCUAAGAUUAUCAUUGAUGCGAUUAUAAACAUGCCGCAACCACAAAUAAUACCGUUUUGCGGAAAUUACAGUAAUUCACGAGUUUUUAAUGAUGAGUUUAACUGUUAACGUGUGCAAAAUGUGAAUCAAUCAUUCAAGUUUUGAGUAUAAGUAAAGUAAAGUAUGCAUUUGUUCAGGGUGUAAAAAACACCUGUCGAAAUUAAAUGUUUUACUAUUCAAUUAUAGUGAAAAUCUUUUUAACUGAAAUAAAUUUGGUAUGAUUUUUAAGUAAUGGAACUUUGACCACUUUCAUUUCACUUUUCAUUGUUGUAACUUAAAUUCCACAUUUUAUAUCAAUUAUUGAAGCUCCAACUAUCCGAGACUUCGCAUUUUUAAGCCUAGUGGUGUAGCCAAACCAACAGCCAGUAUAUAUGUACAUACACUCAAAAUUCAGUCAAUCUGCAUAUUAUAUAUAUUUGUAUAUUGGACAAUGUCAAUAAUAAUAUGGCGCUUAGACUUUGAUAGAGAUUUAAACUGCAAAUUUUGACAUUGCAAAAAAAUAAAGCUGUUUUGUUUUAUUAUAGCAAAGCUCACAUGACACGCUCAUGCCUAGUGAUGGUGAACCUUUUUUUUAAAUAUGUAUUUAUGUUUUUAUAUUUUAAAAAAAUCUAAAGCCAGAAACCAUAACAAAUCAGAGCUUAUCUACAUACGUACAGAUACAAACACAUACAUACAUAUGUAUGUAUAUAUUGUACAUAUACCACAAGUACGCGACUGUUUUAAGUGUCUAGGACAGAUGUAACGGAACUACAACUGUUUGCUUUUUUUUUUUUUUGUUUCAAAAAAUAUCAUCACAAAUGAUUUCUGCUCCUCAUACACAAAAUUUGGUCGAUAUAUACAUACAUACAAUAUAUACAUACAUGUACAUGUACUCCAGAAAUUAAAACUACUAAAUAUUCACACACAAAAGUAUUUUAAAAAGCGGUUAUCAAAUACAUAGAAAUUUACCGUUAAAUAUACAGUAAUGUCAAUUGAGUCAAUUCGCUUUUAAAUGUUACAAAAUUGAAACAAGCAUUAUAGAGAUAAUUGAUCAUAAAAUUGAAAAUACAUAUAUGUACAUUUUUAAAAAAAUAUUUGACAAAAUACGAGAGCCAUUUUAAACAAAAUUCUUAGAGCUAAUCAAAUAAAUCCACUAUAAUUUUUCUGACAUGGCGUAGGUUAGUUUAGGCUGAUCCUCGAGAGGGAGGUCACACUUUAACAAUAGACCAUUUAUGAUACCGGGUCUAAACUCUCCGGUAUCGUUAAAACGCCUGGAGCUCAUCAAAAAUGUGCUAAGCCUAUUGCUAGCGAUUCAAACUAGUUCCUCUGGUUGGUUUCUACCUUAGCCCAGCAAAAGUGAGGCAGUACAAAGAAAUAUACCAAAUAGUUUCUAAUUUUUCAUGCUAAAAAAACACGUUGAAACUACGGAUCUUGCUGGCUUUCAAUUAUCGAAGUAGUAAAGGAAACCUCUUCCACAGUUCGCUAAAUGGAAACACCCGUAGAUAAUGACGCGUUCGAAGGUGUUAUAAAAAAUAUUACAGGCUCACCAGCUUUGAAAAUUUUUAAUGGAAAAAUGGGUAAAAGGAUACUUCCUCUGUGUUGGUGAAUCCAAUUACCUCAUUCAUUCGGGUAUUCCUAUGGACUCAAUCAAAAAUGUUUAGGUUACAAAAGACCUAAGCAAUCAGAGAAAGUAUAUUCUGACCAAUUAACUAGGAAUUAAAUACGGACAUAUUUGUGAAGGUUCUUUCAAUGGCAGUCUUUUGUUUAACAUACUAUGUCCUACGUGCGAUUUAUAGGAAACCAAUCACAAAAGAUAAGAUUUUAGAAUAAUACUUGGUCAGUCGUAAGAAGACGCGUCUUUAUAAAUUUUCAGUAAGGUUAAUAAAACUUGCAGCGACAUGGCGCUUUCUAAAGUCGACAGCGGAAACGUGGAUUUGGAGCAGGAGCGUUAUUUGCGUGAAGCUACACGCUAUUUUUGUGGCAUAGAAAAGCCGCUUAAAUAUGGUCCCAGCAUUGAUAGCCUUAAUGACUUGAUCACUGCAUUACACAAAGAGUUCGAAACGAAUUUCGUGAAUAUCGAGAUGGUCAAUCACAUAAUGUUGACAUACAAAUCGAAUGCACGCGAAUGGAAGCGCUUCGCCAAGUUCGAUCGUUUCAAGUACACGCGCAAUCUGGUCGACGCCGGCAAUGGCAAAUUCAAUUUGAUGAUCUUAUGCUGGGGUGAAGGUCAAGGCUCAGCCAUACACGAUCACGCCGAUUCGCAUUGUUUCAUGAAGAUGCUUAAGGGUGAUCUGAAGGAGACGCGCUACAAAAUGCCAUGCACUCAGUCCAUAGAGAUGCCCAACGCGGACAUUGGUCAAGUGGAUAGCGAUAGUGAGGGGGAGCAUGAUUUCGAUAGUGAACAACUGACAGCCGAGGGUGACACCACAAUAACUGUUAAUGAUGUGGCAUACAUAAAUGAUAACCUCGGCUUGCAUCGUGUAGAGAAUCCGAGUCACAUUGAGACCGCUGUUUCACUGCAUUUAUAUUGUCCACCUUUCAAUGAGUGUUCUGUUUUUCAUAAAAACUCUGGCAAGCGUAUAAAAUGUCCCGUUACAUUCUGGAGUAAAUAUGGCGUGCGCCAAACUGAGUCCAACAAAUAGUUGCGGGUGAACUAGCCGUUAAAUAUGUACAUAUUGGCUAGUUAAACACUUUAUGGGCAGCAGUUCACCGUGAGCUUUAUUGAUCACCGGAAAUCCUAAUUUUAUUCUCAUUCACUUAGAAAUUUGAUAUAUGUAUGUAUAUUUUAUAUUAAUUAUAAUGUAAACACUUUUUAUAUACAUAUGUAUGGGUGUAUGAAAUCGUGUAUAGUUCUUAUACGGAAAUUAAGAAAAAAAAUUUUCGAAACAACCAGCAACUGGAUUUUCUAUUAAAAUAUAUAUAAAAUUCUUCAAAAAGAAAUCAUAUGAAAAACCCAAAAAGUUUUAACAACAAAUUUAAUAUACUAUUUUUUUCAAAUGAUUAUAAACUUUAGAAAUUAAUAUAUUACACUUCAAACUCAAACCUUAAUUUAAUUUAUUUCUUAUUUUAAAAACUUGUGAUUAAUAUAUAUGGUACUUAUUUUAAGACUAUACAAUUUAAAAUGCACAAAUAAAAAGAAAAAAAUUAAUUACAACUAAAAUAUGUGUUAAAAU